AUAAUUUUUCUUAUACUCCGUAUUUGUAGCUGUCUCGUGUUUAUAAAAUUGUGUAUAACAAAUCGGCAAUAAAAGAGAAAGAUAUAUUUUAAAAAGAAUUGUAAGGAAUAUAUAAAUAUCACGGAAAAAUGUGAUAUUAUAAAAUGUAAACAUGUCAAAUAUAGAAAUUGUUGACAGCAACAUUUCUACCAAUUCAGAAAAGUCUUGUGUAUUUGAUUCAUCGAUUAACAUAGAUGAAAUUUCGUACAACGAUUUUUUUUCUAAUUAUCUUAUUGCCAAUAAACCAUGUAUUAUUCAGUCAAAUGCGACAAAAAACUGGCCAUGCAAAAAAGAUUGGAUACAGAAUGGAGCGCCAAACUUCACCUUGCUAAAACAAUUAUUUGGCGAUUGCACAGUUCCUGUAGCUGAUUGUAACAAACGAUUCUACAAUUCUCAGGAUAAAGAUGAGAUGACAAUAAACGAUUACCUAAACUACUGGAUGGAUUUUAGAGCUCAAAAUUACCCAACUGACUCUCCACUUCUCUACUUAAAAGAUUGGCAUUGCAAAAAGGAACAUCCAAAAAUGUCCAUUUACCAAGUUCCGAAAUAUUUUGCUUCAGAUUGGCUAAACGAAUAUUACAGCGGUCGAACAAAUUUAAAUGACGAUUACAUGUUCGUUUACAUCGGCCCUAAAGGUUCUUGGACACCUUUCCACGCUGAUGUUUUUUCUUCCUACAGUUGGUCAGCGAACAUUCAUGGAAGAAAACGCUGGCUAAUUUUUCCACCCGGUGAAGAAAAUCAUCUGCGUGAUUCAUUCGGGAAAUUAAAUUACGACGUUUUAGAAGACGAAAGAAUUAAGAAUGACAAUAAGUCAGUUAAGUUUUAUGACAUCAUUCAAGAAACUGGUGAAAUUAUAUUCGUCCCUUCAGGCUGGCAUCAUCAAGUUUGGAAUUUGGAAGAUACGAUUUCCAUAAAUCAUAACUGGGUUAAUGGUUGCAAUAUCAAUAACAUGUGGCUAGCAUUAAAAAACGAAUUAUUAUCUGUAAUGAGAGAAAUAGAAGACUGCAAAGAAAUGGAAGACUGGUCCUCACACUGUCAACUGAUGCUGAAAGCAUCCCAUGGAAUGAACUACGCUCAAUUUUAUGACUUCCUCUCCUUUAUUGCUGAAAAGCGAAUAAACUCUCUGGUCUAUAAAACACCGAAUCUAUCCUUUGAUACCUGGAUUUUCGGAAAAAAUCACAAUCUUUUCGAUUUACGACAAAUAAAAAUUAUUCUUGAAAACUUUGUUGAAGAUGCGAAAGAUAAAUCUAUAUACAAUCUUAUCUGCAAGAACGAUGAAGUCGAGAUGCUCUUAAAUAAAAUUGAAUUAGUAUUUCAAAGUUGUAAAUAAAUUCCUAAAUGUUUAUUUCUAAAAGAAAAAAUUUAAAUUGUAA